CUUAUUUACAGAAUCAUGUUCUUGCACAAUUACAAAAAAAGAACAUCGUUGAGCAUUAUUCGUUGAUUGAAAAAGAAUUGACAGAUGUAGAUUCGAUUAUCAAAGCAUUCUCUGAGUAUGCUGACUUUCCUGCAGAUUUAAAAGACAAAUUUAAGAGUGUUUUAAACAGUUCACAUCCGGAAGUGAAAGUUGAUACGUUUUUACGACAUCUUUUGGCAUUACCAGAUGAUGGGAUACAGCUAUGUUUACUUGAAGAACGCUUACAUGCUACAGAUCAGGUUGAUUUACUUGAUAAAAUAACGAAGAUGUCAGAAAACAACGAAGUUGAUGUUCAAAUUACUGAGGAUGACAUUCGAAGAAACAGGCUUUACCUGUGUGAUGAAUUAGAGCCAAAGCAAUACCUAGAAAUGGUGAAAGAGAUUGACGAAACUGACGAUCUAUGUGAACAAAUUCUUGAAGCAUCAUCUAGAGAAUCUCGAUGUGAAGUCCUGCUCGAUUUUAUAUCAAACGCAUGCAAAACAGACAGUAAGGCACACAUACUGAGAAAAUUUUCACAAAGUCUGCUCAAAUGGAAUGCCGGUGUACUACAGUAUAUCAGAAAAGCUCGAAAACCUGGACAAGAAGGCAAACGCCAGAUGGAAAUAGAGAAUAUCGUUGCUUCAUACAAGCACAUUGUUGACGAAAUUGAGCCAUUAAGUCUUAUAAGAUUCUUUAAAGAGCGGGAAGAAUUAACAGAAGAUGAAAUAAGAUGUAUUCGUAGAUCAUCAUCCCGCAGAGCAAGAGCAGUCACUUUCCUUAAUUUUGUACUAAAAGGAACAGAAUCAAAAGUGUCUUGUUUGAUAGACUAUUUGAGAUUGGCUGGCUACAAUUCAUUACUUAAGAAGAUGCGUGAAUGUAUGCAAGAAUACAAAGAAUGUCCAAGAUUAUAUGCAUUUGACUUGAAGGGAUGUUAUGUAUUAAAAGGUGACUUAGAUAUUAAUUUCAAUAGUGGGAAAAACACACACGAGCAAAAGUCUUCAAAUGUUCCAAAAUUUGAAAAAUGGUCACUAGUCACGAAUUGGGUUCUUCAAAACUUCUUCUCACAAAAAAGAAAAAUUGAGGAGCAAAAUGCAAAAGAAAUUCGUGAAGAUUCCCAAAGACUUCUGGAUGAAGCAAAAUGUACAACGAGUUAUGAGAAUGUUCCGAAUAAACCAGAUGAAUUGGUACAUGUGCAAAAAGGAAAAACGGAACCCGCCCACUCUGAAUUACUAGACAACGAGCGUGAGACCAAAAUAAUAGAAACAUUUGACAAUGAUGAGAGAAAUAAGAUACAUGAUUCUGCACGGGACAAUUUGGAGUUACUUGUAAAAUAUGCGGAAGUCGAACAUUCAAGUUUUUUACUUACCACUGGCUCCCCAAUGUCAGGCAAUGAGUGUAUUCGAAAUCAUGACGUUUAUGAUAGAAACAGUUCAAGUGGUAGUCCUGUGUCUACACAAAGCCGUAUUUCAAGAACCACGUCUACUGAAGACGAUAAAGACAUUGACGGAGAUGCGGCCCUACGUCGAUACGAUGAGGGCAAUGUAUAAUAACUUUGUAUUAAGAAACAACUGGUCGGUUUAAUGAUUACAUUGUUCACAUUGAUGUUAAUAGGAAAUUGUUUGUGUAUGUUAGAACGUUUUUUUUUUAAAUAUAACAAAACCUAAUUAAAACAAAUACAUAAUUUUAUAGACUACUCAUUUUCAUGUCUGAUCCAUUUUUUACUCUUUCUUUUAAAGUGUUUUCUCGAUCUUCUAAGAUAUCUUGUCAUAGAACAGGGCCUUUCAAAUUCUAUUUAAAAGGCCUUGCAUAGAAUAAUGAAAUACUUAAUAAUAGUAUACUGAUGUCAUCAUAGGUUAACCCCUUCUUUUUAUGUCACUGGUUGACAAGGCAAGCCUAAUAACCUACUCAAUAGCUUUUCUCUUAUCAACUGUAUCAUUUGUAAAAACUUCACUCUAGGUAUAAGCUAAUAUAGGUAAUUUGAUCUCUUAUAAUUUAUGUUUUGUUUUACAUUAAUUAAUGGCAUAACAAAAUAAUAUAAUCUUGCUACAUUAUUUUGAUAUUAACUCAUUGUUUUCUAACAACCAACGGUCUUUAAAGGCAGAUGCAAUUUAGACGCUAUACUCAUUCAUUUUUCUUUUUAUCGGAGAAUAUUAAAUACCAGCAUUGUAUCUAAAAAAGUAAGCACAAAAUUAAGUAUGUAGUCAAAGAAGUAAUAUCUUGUGUGGACAAUCUUUUUUAAAUUUCUUAAUUUUAAUAAGGAGCAUAUGCACUUACAUUAUAGCUCUAUACCAUUCUUUAAGGUGUUUGUUUGUAACUUGAUUAAUUUGAACACACAUAUAUUUCUAUUUGAUUAUAUGGCCUUUCCUGUACUAAACUACUGGGUGUGGACUGUGGAGCCUUCAGAAUUCAUAAAUUUGAUCAUUUAUACUUCCAAAUGUUUUUUCACGGAAAUAGACCAUGCAUUAUCGUAGUUAAUUAACUAAUGUUACUAACAAAAAGACAUUUGAGCCGCGUCAUGACAAAACCAACAUUAUGCGUUUGCGACCAGCAUGGUUCAAGACCAGCAUGUGCAUCUGCACAGUCUCAUCAGGAUCCAUGAUGUUCGCUAUCAGUUUCUCUUCUUGUUAUAGGGUUUGUAAGCGAACAUCAUGGAUCCUGAUCAGACUGCGCGGAUGCACAGUAUGAUCUGGAUUCAUACUGGUCGCAAACGCAUUAUGUUGGUUUUGUCAUGGAGCGGCUCAAAUUUUCUACCACAUAACACAUACCUUCACUCAUGGUUAUUGUACAAAUAAUAUAAUAAAGCAAAUGUUAAAGCAAAAGGUAGCAACAAUAAAUAUUUGUAUUUGUAUUGUUACCAUUCAUUUGACAUUUAUCAUUUAUUUAAGAAAAUAUCAUUCAAAAUAGAGGAGACAGACAUUUACUUAUGCACUUAUUUGCACCAAACUGUCAAAUGAAUAAUAAAGUUAAUGUAAAUAACAUGAAUCAUUUUUAUUCUAUCAAAUCUAUGGCUGAGCAAAGUUUCUAGAUAGUUCACUACUCAGAUAUUAGGUGUGAAAUGUAAAAAAAGUACAUACAGAUAUUUGCUAUCAUGUGGCAUGAAUACAUCUGUAUUUUUCUAUAUGACUAUAGGCUUUAAGGAGCCUUUGCAUAUUUGAUCAUAGUGACAUUUUUAUCAUGUUGUUAUUUUUGUUAAAUAUGAAAAUUCAUGAAUUGACUCUGUUUAAUGAAUGACGUUUUGCUAAGACAUUGUACGAAAGCCAACGCGCCGUCUAGUAGAUAUGCAUUUGUUCAUAUAGCAAUGGGGAAAAUUUUAGACUUGAUUUUGUGCGUUUUUUCUUGUUUUAACAAAAGUACAUUGUUUUCAAAUGUUCUAAUAAAAUAGCUUUUCUGAUGUACAACAUGUCACAGAGAUUUAAGGAUUAAAAAACGUUUAACUGAAGUGAUAGUGCCAUGUUUGAAUAUCAUACUCUUUUUACAAUUAUUUAAUUUUAUCUACCUUAUAAAUAACGUGCCAAUGAGCCAGUCUGUGGUCGAUCGUUCUAGUCUAAUGAGUGGAACCAAAUUCGGACAGGGAACAAGAGGUACAGUAUCAUUAAAAUACGCAACGGAGAUUUUAUUGGCGAUACGGACACAGCGGAAAUAUUUUUUGCAAAACAGGCAAAACGUGUUCGACAUGUAGUUCAUGAAAAUAAUUAACAUUUCAGUUAUAAAACAGUUUAACUGAUUGAAAAAAGUACGUUUAUUUUAAAAUGUAUCACAAAUAUUUGCAAUAGUUUAUUCUGAAGUAUUCUGUGACUGACGAUUGUUCUUUUUCUCCUUGAUUUUUUACUACAUUUAGUGAGUGGUCCUAUACCUAGAUUCUAGGCGAAUAUGCAAUCUUUAGUUUAAUCAAGUAGUGUAAUCUUUUAUAAAUAAGAAAACAAUACGUAACAAAGAAUUGAUUAUAUAGAUAUCAAUUUAUUCAUAACUAUUAUUUGAUAUUACAGACAUACGAGUAUGUUUGCUUUUUGUAAAAUAAUAGACAGUUCGUCCUCAAAUUCAUUCAAACGAACAUUUUGCAAUUGCACCAAUAUUUAAAUGGACAUAAAUAUUCUCGGCACAUACUGUCUUGAAUUCAUUUUAAGUUUACCAAUCAUUUCAAAUUUUCUUGUUAUCCAAUUUAAUUUGCUUCGACCAGAUGCUUCAAUCAUUGUCGCAACAGACAAACAUUUCAGACUUUCAGACACAUAACAAUGACAUGGAGAAAAAAUUGAUUUGUGCUUCGCAUAUUCAACUGUAAUAGAGCAUGAUUUUCAAUUCAGAUUUGUACAUGACCUGUGACUGUUCACAUCAUUUGGCGGCGUCUUUGAUAUGCAGCAUCAACAUUUAACUUGUAUAACAUUUAUCAUACGUGAUUGCUGACGGUGUAUGGUAUUCUGGUAUUUCUCCACUCUUGUUUUAAUAAAUUAAUGUAUUGGCAGUUAUUUUCAUUCAUGUUUCUUGUUUGAUUUUUUUUUUAUAUUUUUUGCCAUUUUUUGAUAUUUAUGUUCUGUGAAAUGUAACAAAGUUGAGA